AUGCGGCUGUUUUCAUUGUCCCCCGCACCACUCCUCGCCGCGGUGGUCCUGGCGCUGAGCGCACACGCCCAGGUCACGGCCGGCACACAGGCCGCCGACACGGGCAUCGCGGCCACGCGCACGGGAACGACGACGACCCCCUCCCCCGUCGUGGCCACCACGGCCGUGGACACGCUCGACGCCGUCACCUCUGCGGCCGACACGUCCACCACCACGCGGACCAGCACGACGCUCAACCCCGCCGUGGUGGUGGUCACGACCAGCCGCUCGACGACCACCCCCGUGGCGGGCGUGCUCACCACGGCAAGGACGACCGCGCAGACCAUCGACGACUCGGGCGUGUCCCUCUACACAUCUAUAGUGGUCAAGCCGUCCACGUCGUUUACGCAGGCCACCACCCCGCCGCCCAUCACCGGCAGCGUAUAUACCUGGACGUCGACGGCAGCGGGCGGCGCCGAGGUGACCGUCACAGCCAACAGCGGCGCACCGGGCGCGCUGACCGCGCCCCUUGCUGGUGUGCUCCUCGCGCUCGGCGGGGCCAUGUUCUUCUAG